GGACCGCGCCUCAAAAAGAAAAAAAAGAAAGGAAAAAAAGAAACCCCCCUCAAGAAAGAAAGACUGUGACAUCGAGUCAGUGAGACAGAGAAACGAGUUGAGCGUGCAGUCACUUCAAGUCCGCUUCUUGAUCCAACAGCUGUCUGGUGAGCGGUGGCCGGGCCAGACUGGGCCGCGCCAAUCAGCCUUCUGGAUGUUCCCCGACUAGCCGCUGGCCGGCAGGGCGACGGCAGGGCGACGGCAAGGCGACGGCAGGGCGACGGCAGGCGGGCGUCAGCAUGAGCGAAUUCUGGCACAAGAUGGCCUGCUGCGUCAUGGCCAAAGCGCCGCCGAAGAGGAGGAGGCGGAGGAUCGACCGCAGCAUGAUCGGCGAGCCCACUAAUUUCAUCCACCUGACGCACAUCGGCUCAGGAGAGAUGGCCGACGGACUCCAGCCGUCGGGGUCUGUUCAGGAGCAGAUGAGCUCCAAAUGCCCACAGUUGAACGGCAGGAACAGCCUCUUGUAGCCGGUGUCUCGCGGUGCCGAGAGUCCUUUCCGCCGCCGAUCCCGGGAGUCCCAGCGUCCGUCCUUGAGGGGGCGCUGGGGAGCGCGCCAUCUUGGCCAAAAGCGCAGAGCCUCCGGUCAUCCGGGUUUCAGUUUGACGCCGACCGACUCGGAGGGACGAAAUGAUGUUACCGCUCGAGGAUAAAAACACACAUCAUUGGACUCGGCUUCGCCCGCUCGCUUUCUGCACAAUUGCCGGCGUUUGUUGCACGUCAAGUUCCCGGGAUGCUUUGAGCUCAUAGGACAUACGACCUGAGCGAUGACGUCGCAGUCUGAUGCACUGGAGGACUUCCUCUUUUAAGACUUUCUGGAUCAUGUGACUGCUUCCUGACAAGCCGUGGACAAUUUCAGGCCAGAAAAUGGCAGUCUGUGACCAGAUGAAAUGAACUUUGGCCUCGACAGAAACUCAGGGUGACCAGAUCAUGUGACAACUCUCACACACACACACCCGUGAGGUUUUGCUAACACGCCAUCCACAUGCUUGCUAUGCUAAGCUCCGCUCGCUCGCUCGCUCGCUUUGUGACUGAUAAAUAAAACCACGCUUCUUUCUGGCAGUGCAUUGUUAAAGGAUUUGGCGUAAUGACAUGAAAUGGAGGUAUUUGUGCGUAUGUGUGUGUAUUUCCAAAGUUUUCCCUGUGUGUGUGUGUGUGUGUGUGAGCAAAUCAUACAUGAGUAACAGCUGGACACAAAGUUGCUGUAGUGCAGUCAUUCUUUGGCACACCACUAAACGGCGCCCGCGCAGCACACUUGUUGUGUAGUGAGCCUCGUCACAGCGGGCCAACGAGAAAAACAAGUCCAGUGGCAUGUUCCCGUUUUCGGACUUUGCUCAGCAGACCUCCUCAUUUCCUUCCUGCACGCCUGCCUUGGCUUCCCGCCUCCUUCCUGGCCACACGCUCAUACACUUCCUGUACUAUGAAUGGCUGCAGUGUUUCCUGAGGAAGGUGCUGGCAGGUCCAUUCGCAUGCACAAUGAACAACUUCAGUAAAGGCAUUCUUUCAAA